AUGCCGCCCUUCAAGGAUGACCAGAUCAUAAUCAUUGCGCCGGGCUCAGAGACGACGGUCGCGCAGCUCGGCCUGCCUGAGUCCUUCACCCCGGGCAAACUGCGCUUCCGGUCGCGCAUGUUCCCCGCAGAAAAUGAGGGAGAGUUUGAGCCUUACAAGAUUCGACGCAAGAAUGCGAACGCCGCACGGCCCGCCGGCGAAGCCAAUGGCGAGGCACAGGAAGAUGCGAAGCCAGUGACAGAGGGAGAGGACGACGAGAUCCUGUGGGAGGAAGAUCGCAUUUCCGAAGAGGGAGCCAUAUGGCCCAUACAGGACGGCAGAAUCGUCGACUGGCCCUGCUUCUAUGCGCUCCUCACGCACGUCUACAACACACUGAACCCGCCUUUCCACACCGCCAUCCUGCUCAUAGCACAACCUGCCUGGACGCCGCGCGAGCACGAGAAACUCACCCAAUUCUUCUUCGAGAAAUUCAAGACCCCCGCAUUCGGCCUCAUGGAUGCCGCACUGGCGACAACGUGGGCAUAUGGAGUGCAUACCGCAACCAUAAUAGACGUUGGCAAGAAUAAGGCUGACGUGACCGCCGUCAGCGAGUUCAUUCCGCAGACGCAGGGCAGGGUUAUCUCGCUUUCAGGAUGUGGUGGAGAAGCAUUUACGUCAGGUCUCUUGGCCAGGCUGAAAUCUAAAGGCUUCAACCGGGACAUGUGCGAGCAGCUGAAGAGGUCGCAGAUUUGCGAAAUUCUCCCGCCCGGGAUGCCGCUGCCCGGUACGGGCGCGGGUGCCGAUAAAACUGUGACGAACCCUGCUGCUGCUGCAUCGACAGGUGCCACAAGUUCAGGGCCCGCAGGAGCUGCCACUAUCGGCAAUGGACCGCGAGGACCAGGCCCUGAUACUGAGGUCGGCGAGGACGAAGGGCUCGAGGAGAAUGAAGGCGUACUUGACGUAGCAAGCAUCGUAGCAGGCGGCAAGAUGACCGAGUACCUUGCGAAGAAGGAAAAAGAAAAGCAGGAGAAAGCACUGGCGAAGAAGAAGGGUGCCCCAGCACCAGAUACGGCCAACAGGCAGGUACGCUUGCCCAACUCCAAGCGCGAGAAAGCAACCUUCCUCUUUGAAGACCAUGCUCUCCUGGACACCUUGAAGAACAUGGAACUCGGUACCCAAGGAUUGGCUGAUGCCAGGUCCGCUCUGAACGAAAUCACCGGCAAACAAGCCCAGGAGCACAAUGACAAUAGUGAACACCGCUCAGCAACCGAUGCAAAUGGUACUGGCGAAGGCGGUUCAAGGGCUGGCUCCAUCAGACGCGAGAUCGAGGUCGGUAGCGAGCGAUUCCAGGCCGACAGUGACGGCACAGUAGACAAAAUCGCGGCAGCUGUACAUCGUGCUAUAUCGUCUGUAGACGAAGUACAGAAGCGCAGUGAUCUUUGGGAUAAUCUCAUCAUUUGCGGUAACGGAUCGCGGUUACGAGGCUUCAAAGAAAACUUGGUUCAGACCCUUCAGCAGAAGUACCUGAUCUCACCCUCUUCAGCAACCAUGUUUACUUCUGAGAUACCAUCCAACAUCUCUACACCUACCGGUACAGGCACAAACACACCACAACCCCAGCUAGGACCGCACGGUGGCUCUCAAGUCAACCCGUUGCUGUUUGCCGCCACAGCAGGACAGAAUCAGCAUCUCACUCCACAUGGGGUUAACCCGCUCAUGGGCAUGUCACAAAAUACACACUCAGCUCAUGGUCAGACACCUACUAACAUUAAGACCGUCAAGCCUCCGGAGUACUUUCCAGAGUGGAAAGACGUUGGAUUCGAAGAAUCAGCUUUUCUCGGCGCACAAGUCGCAGCAAAAGUGAUUUUCGUUGUGGAUCAAGGUCAAAGCAAAGGCUACAUGACCCGUCCCGAUUACAACGACCAGGGUCCGCAAGCAAUCCAUGAUUACAGCUUAUGA